AUGCUACCAUACGCUCUCUCGCCUCUGCUUUGUUUCGCCUGCGUGUGCGCGCAGCCGCUCCGGUUUGCCUCCGGGCCGCUCCGCCCGCACAUACAAGGGCCUCUCCUCCGCCCGUGGCCCGGACGCCUGUGCUGCUGCGCUGCUCUCCUCCAGCGCUCGCCGUCCCAUGCUCCUCCUCCUCUGCCUGGCCUAAGCACCUCCGCCUCCAACCUCGCACCGCAGCGGUCCAACCUCGUGCCCGAGCCGUACCCGCCCACGGCGCAGGCCCCGUCGCCCUCCGGCUCCGGCCGCCCCGACGGCCGCGCUGCUCCUCCUCGCACCGGCCUCCCGCGCGCCCAAGGCUCCGGCUGGCCUCGCCGCGCCCGGCUCACCUCCCGCGGCCGCAACGCCCGCCCAGCCGGCCGCCGCCUCGCCGAACACGGAGCCCGCCCGGUCGGCCUCCGGCUGCCCGCGCCUGCAGCGACCUCCGCACCACCUCCUCCACCAGGCCUCCCCGGGCCACCUCCCGCAAGUCGGCCCCGGCCUCCGGCGCCGUCCGCGCUCCCGGCGUCCGGGUCGCCGGCUCCUCCGCCCGCACCGGCUCCCGCGCCUGGCCCCCGACCCGUUGUUCUGACCGCCUGCCGGCUUCGAGGAGGCCGACUGCUCGUUCCGGUCCAGCUCCCCCAGCACCUGCCGGCUCGCCGCCUAUGCCCGCGGGGCCGGGUCCAGCUCCCUCCGCGCCGCGCCGGAUCCGGCUGCCCCUGUGCGCUCGCGUCUCCGCCCGGCCGCCUCGCUUCGCCCCUGGCCGGCUUCGACCGCGCCGCGCGCCGACUCCGCCCGCCAGCGCAUCCGCGGGCCAGCGUCCGCCCUGCCCGCGCGGCCGCGCGCCCCAGCCGCCCUGCUUCGCCCCAGCCCCCAUGCGGGCUGGCUCCGACCACGCCGCGCCGGCUACGGCCCUGUCCCGGCCUCCCGUGCCGACUGCCGGGUCGCGAUGCUUUGGCCGGCCGCCCCGCGCCGCCUUGGCCGGCUCCCGCCGCCUUGGCAGACUCGUUGCUCCAGCCGACGUCCACGCGUGCGGCCGGCUUGCCGCUCCAGCCGGCGUCCGCGUGCCCGUCCACCUCGCGCCGACUGGCGCCCUCGCAGGGCUGGCCGCCCAAGAAGAGAAAGAAGAAAUAG